GUGGAAGAGGAGCUGCAGGAGCAGGAGUUCCUCGACAGGUGCUUCCAGGAGAUGCUGGAGGAGGAGGAGCAGGACUGGUUCAUCCCAUCCCGUGACCUGCCCCAGGGCAUGGGGCAGCUGCAGCAGCAGCUCAACGGCCUCUCGCUCAGCGACAGCCACCCCUCAGAGGACAUCCUGAGCAAAAGCACCUUGAACCCCGACGCCAAGGAGUUUGUGCCGGGGGUGAAGUACUGA